AGGGUCUCUAGGAGCAGCAUGGGGACUAAUCUAGCAGUCCCUACCCCCUAUGGCUGCAUCGGCUGUAAGCUGCCAAAGCCGGACUAUCCACCGGCCCUAGUCACUGCCAUGUUCUGCGCGAUGGUCCUCACCAUCAUAGUAGACCUGAUUGGCAACUCCAUGGUCAUUUUGGCUGUGACACGGAACAAGAAGCUCCGAAAUUCUGCCAACAUCUUCGUGGUGAGCCUCUCCGUAGCAGAUGUGCUGGUGGCCAUCUACCCCUACCCCCUGAUGCUGCACGCCAUGGCCGUCGGGGACUGGGACCUCAGUCAGCUGCAGUGCCAGAUGGUCGGGUUCAUCACAGGCCUGAGUGUGGUUGGUUCCGUCUUCAACAUCCUGGCCAUUGCCAUCAACCGUUACUGCUACAUCUGCCACAGCCUCAAAUACGAGCGGAUCUUCAGCGUGCGCAACACCUGCCUCUACAUGGUCGUUACCUGGGUCAUGGCUGUUCUGGCUGUCCUGCCCAACAUGUACAUUGGCACCAUUGAGUACGACCCGCGCACCUUCACCUGCAUCUUCAACUAUGUCAACAACUCUAUCUUCACGGUGACCAUCAUCGGCAUCCACUUUGUCCUCCCUCUCCUCAUAGUCGGCUUCUGCUACAUGAGGAUCUGGAGAAAAGUGCUGGCAGCUCGUGACCAGGCUGGGCAGAAUCCUGAAAACCAACUUGCUGAGGUUCGAAAUUUUCUAACCAUGUUUGUGAUCUUCCUCCUUUUUGCAGUGUGCUGGGGCCCUAUCAACGUGCUCACAGUGUUGAUGGCUGUCGGUCCAAAGGAGAUAGCGAGCAAGAUCCCCAACUGGCUUUAUCUUGCAGCGUACUUCAUAGCCUACCUCAACAGCUGCCUCAACGCUGUCGUCUAUGGGCUCCUCAAUGAGAAUUUCCGACGAGAAUACUGGACCAUCUUCCAUGCCAUGCGGCACCCUAUCCUGUUCAUCUCUGACCUCAUCACUAAUAUUCGUGAGACGCAGGAGGCCCCUGCCCCAGCCUCUGCCCGUGCCCGUGCCCGUGACCAAGACGUUGAACAAGACCGUGCCCAUCGCUGUCCUGCUGUGGAGGGAAUCCCAAUGACCAGCCGGAAUGUUCCACUGCCUGUUGACACUGCAGCUGGCCACCCCGAUUGUGCCUCUGCCCACCCCAGACCCCACUUCCGGUCUUCUUCUGUCUACCGGAAAUCUGCCUCUAGCCACCUCAAGUCUGCCACUGUCCACCCUAAUCCUGACUCUGUCCACUUCAAAGAUGAUGUUGUCCAUUUCAGGUCAACCUCAAAGCCUGCCAGUAGUCACUUCUCUAUUGGCAGCCCCUCCAAAUCUUGCAGCAUAAGAUGCAGCCCAGCCACCACCCCCUCUAGGUCCACUACUGGCCACAUCAAGUUCGUUACCGGCCACCUAGAGCUCCCUGGCUCCCAUUGCCCCAAGACGGCCACUACUAGACACCUGGAGUCUCGUAUUGCCGUUAUCAACCUCCCUGAGUCUGUGUCCAGCCCUAUCAGAGUGCCCCCCAGGCGUGUCACUGCUGCUGGCCUCUCUGGCCCUGAUGUAGUUGCCACUGCCACCAAAGGUUACAGUGACAUGAUGGUGGUGGAUGUUGAAGAGUAUUCUGAUGAGACGGCUGUGUGA